AUGCAUAACCAGGGCUCCGCAGACAUGUCGUUCGCCCUUUUUCGCGGCGACAAGGUCAUCCUACCAACCAAGCGCAACUUUGGGCCCGGUGUCAUUGAGGAGGCCAAUGAGCGACUCAAGGAAGAGAUCGCAGCACGUCGGCGCUAUCAGGCUUCAAACCAGCCAGUUGACCCGGAGCAACAAGUUCGAAGCGAGCUCGACAAGACCAACCAGGAGCUCGCCAAAGCUCGUCGCCGUCGCGAGGCGCUCCAGGCAGAACUGAAAGAGGUACAGAUGACCGAGAGCGUGCUGGAGAGGAAGAAGGGCAAGAUUGUGGAGCGCAUCAAGAGCAUCCGCAACAGGAAGAAGGAGAAGACAGAGCAGGAGCGACGACGGCAGGCGGCGAUGGCGAAGAAGCAGGAGGUCAAGGGCGCGAAGCCGGCGGGCAUACGCAAGACGAUACCGCCAAAGCCGGCGCCCAUGAUGAAGUUCUCCGGCUUUCGGUUUUCGAAGAAUCCUGGGGUGUGA